AGAGGGAAAACAGGGUGAUGUGUGUGCUGUGAUUUCAGAGCUGGGUGGGUCUACACUGUUUCAUAUUCCCAAAUAUCUCCCGGUCCGUGCGUAAAAAGCGCUUUCAGUUUACAGAAAGCCACAAUGUUGGUGCUGGCUGGAAUCAUUGUUCUGCACAUUACCACCAUCAUCCUACUGCUGGUGGCCACCAUCGAUAAUGCCUGGUGGGUCACUGACACAGUGUCAACUGAUUUGUGGAGGCGAUUGGAGUUGUCAAACUCAGUCUGGCACUACACCAACCUGAAGAACUACCCCGAGGAAUAUCUCCAGACGGUGCAGGCCACCUCAGUGCUGGCCUGUAUCUUUGCCAUCCUGGCCCUGUUUGUGUUUGUGGCCCAGCUUUUCACGCUGCCCAAAGGCCAGAGGUUCACCUUCACUGGCAUUUUACAGCUAAUCGCCUGCCUUAGUAUAAUGAUAGCAGCCUCCAUCUACACGGCCGAGCUUCACGCCACUGACACAGAGGGAGGGUACGGACACUCCUAUGUCCUGGCCUGGAUCUCUUUUGUCCUCACCUUUCUCUUAGCAGUUAUCUACCUCGUCCUGCGGAAGAAGAGCGAGUGAGAUGGGGAGAGGAAUGAGGGCAGGGGUCAGAUUCCUUUUGAAUAUGGGAAUUUUAAAGAAUGGGAUUUGCUUCAAAAUUUUGUAAAAGAAAAUUAAAAAAAAAUCUACAUCUGCAGCUUGGAAAAAUCGGGAUACUUGUAUUCAAUCACUUAAAAGAGCCAUUUGUUUCUACUUUGAAUAUUGUAAAUGGAAAUAGAAAUAAUGUAAUCAGUACAUGAAGGCCUGAACUUUAUGUGAACAGUUUUUCGUCCAUGACUUCAUAUUUGGUUGAACUGAGAAGAAGGCAGGGUAGUAUUUUACUUUUAUUAGAACAGUAUGGGGAAUAAUAGUUGUGAUCAGGUGGAAGUGAAGUGCUCAUUUCAAUGCUUAAUGGCCACAACAUAAUCAGUAAAUCAUUUAUCUCCAUCCAAUAGCUCGACAUCUGGACAAAGACUUACUCGCUUUCUUAGCAAGAAUGAUGCGCAGGCCAGUACUACACCAACACACAAUCUGUAUGAAGAUAAAGACAGUAAAUUAUCUUAGCUUAGCAUAUGCACAGAAACCAGGGGCACGCAAGGAAAACACAACUUGUCUAUUAAAUAUAAAGCUACAGCCAAUAACCUACCUUAGCAUUAACAGACAACAGGGGACACAAGGAAAACAAUCUGUUGCUGCGUUCUGUCAAACCUCGGAGCUCAGAAUUGCCGACCCCCAAGUCGGAAAGUUGAACGAACCUCAUCGCCUCCCGACUUUGAAGUACAAGUUGGCCGCUCCGUGUCAACAAUAGUGAAAGUUGUAAUUUUUAUAAGCUAUAAAGUUGUCAUACACAGUACUGUCGUUAAAUAUGGUGUAAUGCGUGCAAACUGGUAACAAUGGCUACCUGGCUAAACAUUGUUCUUGUGCAACUGGAACACUUUCAACUUGGGUUAUUGGGGUGCUCCGAGGUAUAAUGGAACGCAGAAAACAGGGACACAAGGAAAACACUAUAUGCCAACCAACACCUCAACAGUUCAGUUAUAAUUUGAGCUUUUAAUUAUCCCCAUUAGAUCUUGUUUAAGUGCACUGGUGCUGGUUGGCAGUUUGAUUUGCUUUGGACAAAGCUAUGCUAGCUGUUACCCCAUUUUCUGUCUCUAUACUAAGAUACACUAGCCCUCAAUGUAGAGAUAAGAGUGGUAUCAAUUCUCUAAUCUAGAACUCAUCCAGAAAGCAUUUGAGCAGAAAUCCCAAAAUGUCAAACUACUGCAUUUGGAGUCUUAAGUUCCUGGUGUGAGAAGGUUAAAAGCCUUUUGAGAUGUAGUAGUUGAACAUAUUCUGUGAUUUCAAAGUACUCAUCAUCCUGUAUAAUUACAUAGUGAGGCUGACAGCUACUACUGCAGUUGUCCAGAUUUGAGGAAUGAAAAUAAAAUCUGUAUCUGAGGGUACGGUGUGUUGGGAAAACAACAGCAUUCCUUUUUGCAGAACUUGAACAAUCAGGAAAGACAAGCCUUAAGUUACAGUACAAGUAGUUUUAAUCAUGUAUCGUUAUUUUACAACUGAAGUAUAAUGUAUCCUUUUUAAUCUAUGUACAUUGUAACCAUUAUAUUUUUGUAACAUUUUGUAUGAGUGUUCUUUUUUUUUUUUUUUUAGUAAUGUUUGAUUUUGUGUCUGUAGUUGGCUGCUAUCCUAAGAAAAGUACAUGUAAUUUGUACAAGUGAACCAGGGAUGGAGGACAAUGGUGUUUUAUUUCACCAUAUUGUAGAACUAUACAAUAGAAGGUUUUGUUUGUAAUUACAUUGGAAUAAAAGCCAUAUCAUUUAUUAAUAAAAACCAAUAACUCAA